AUGGCAGCAGACAGCGACAUGGCUCCUGAAGAAAAGCUGAGACCUGCUCCUGUGAGAAGGGCUGUCCACAAGAUCCGAAUGGCCAGCCAAGUCUUCAGCUUGGCACGAGGUUGGCAGCAAUGGGUGUCUGACCACAAUGUAAAGCAAGAGAAAGAGCCCUCUGGAUGGGUCCCCCAUACAGAAGACUCAUCAGCUCAGCCUGUGCAAGGAAGUUCCUUUGAAAAAUGCCAAAUUCCAUCUGUCAAGAGGGACCAAGGAAAAGAUGAUGAAAAAUCCUCAGCAAAGGAAUCACUGACAAUAAGACAAGCUGAAAAAAAUUCAAGGGAAUCAGAUGAAGCCCUUAAAAUGUUCAACAUUAAAAGCAAAGAGGUGACCAAAACAGUUGUCAGUAAAGCCUAUGAAAGGGGAGGUGAUGUCAGUCUUCUUAGUGAAAGAUAUGAGAAUAACAACAGCAGCUCAGAGAUGACCAAGCUUAAAGAAGAAUCAAGUGCUAUUGACAAAAUUCUCAGUGGCAAAUUAUCUCCAACCAUAAGGAGAAAAUGUUCAAACGUGGUAUCAGAGCUCACCAAGGGCUGGGAACAGAUGGAACAAGAGGACAAAGAGGGGACUAAGGAAGAGCUGCUGCUUAAGUGUCAGGAUGAUAGCCUGGAUGCACAGGACAGUGGUUAUGGGGAAGCAGAGGACAAACCUGAGCAGGAAGACAGUGAUGCAGAUGUGAUGGCUGUGAGGAUUAAACGACCUGCACCAUCUCUGUAA